AUGGCAACCCAAGUUUCGUAUGAGCCGCUUAUCUUGAUGAAAGACUAUCCAAUCCAUUAUGUUAUAAUGCAGUGUAUAAUGCUGCUGUUACUCGACUAACCAUCAGAACAAGCAAAAACAAAGUUGCCAUUAAUGUGGGGAUAUAGUCAUACCGAGUGAGGUUCUAUUACAUCCAUAUGACACACUAUUUUGAACUAUUAGUUAUAGGUUUUCAACAUUGUCAGUUCCGCUUUUCGUUUUGA